GAAAUUGGCUUUAUUAUACAAAACUACGAAGUUACUAAUUUUUUUUAUUAAUUGUUGUAUUGCAAUGUAACUCUGUCUCAAUGUCAUUGAAUAUAACUAGUGUGCCUAAUUCAUAUUGUAAUUUUUAUUUUCUAUAACAAUGAGUCUUAGUAUUUUAUGUAAACGAGCUAUUCCGCAGUAUUUGAAAACAUGCGGAAGAAGUGAUAUUUCUCAAAGAUACGUUGGUAGUUUUGUUCAGCAUUAUAAAUUAAAGAAUAAUUUGUUUAAAGCAAUUUCACCUUCAAUAUCCAGUAGACAGUGGCGACGGACAAUUUUCACAUCGAAUUUGAAGAAGUCUGAUGCAAAAUCAUAUAAACAUUCUUCAAUUGAACCUACUGCAGACAUUGAAAAUGACGAAGAAUUCCGAAAUAUUUUGAAAGAUUUCGCCAGUGAUUUUAAUUUGAAUAUUGAGUCCGAAGGAGCUAUAUUAGAAGAAAUUAAAAAAUCUCUAAAUCAACCUGAAGUUGAAGGAAUACCUUCUGGCAAUGAAAAGGAUAGAAAUUCGCCUAAUAAUUCUCCUGAGUCAUGUGCAGCUGGAGAAAAGUACAAAAAAUUCUCAGAAUCAGAUUCUGUAGUUAUACCUAGCCAGGAAGAUUUGGAAUCUGGAACCUUUACAGCAGCAGAAAUUACUUUCCACGUGGAUCAAAAGUGGAAUAGAGAUGCUUCACAAAUGCAGAUCAAACGUGGAAUUUCAGGAGUGUUUGAAAUAGAAGAAUUGGUGUCACUGUUGAGGAAAGAAAAUUUAUUUGACAUAGCUGUCAUUUCAAUUCCAAAAGAGCUACGCUAUGCUGACUUUUUAGUUUUGGUUACUUCAAUGUCUCCAAGACAUUCUGAAGCUGUGGCAGAAUAUGUCAUAAAAACUUAUAAAAAGAAAAAACAUUCAAAAGAUCCUUUCAUUGUUGUUGAAGGUGAAAAAACUGCAAAUUGGAAAUGUUUAGAUAUGGGCAAUAUUGUGCUUCAUAUAUUUUUGGAAGAAACCAGAGCUUUUUAUGACAUUGAAUCUCUAUGGCUAUUUGACCAAGAUUUUGACACAGGCGGAACUUUGAAGUCUGAUCCUGUUUAUGAUAGCCUUGAAGAACAGAUGGCUUUUUUCAAUUCUUUACAGAAUUCAACUUCAACAAAAGUUGUUAAAGAAAUUUCCUAAUGUUUGAAAUUAAUUUAAUGUUAUACUGUUAGUUAGAAGUUUAAAACAACAUCUAUAAGGUAGUUUAUUUAUUAAGGUGUAAAAAUUUUGAAUAAAUGUUUUUAGUACUUUCUUGUA